GUCUUAGGUCUACUCUGUUGGUAUUCGUUGCCAGUUGUUGAAUCAGAUGGAAGCGGCGGGGGUGGCGGGAUCUGAGUCUGCCCCGCCCGGAGUGUUGAACAGGUCCGAGGGCGUGAAUGCACCACCACGGAGGGGCUCGGCAUCGGCGAGAGGCUCGGUGGUUUCGAUAUCGAUCAAGAGCCCUGAAGAGGAGGGCGGCGACGACGAGAGGGGACAGCUGGAGAAGGGUCGGUUGUCCCAUCACACAAACGAUUCAAAUUCACAUGUGUGUGCUUGUGUGUGCGCCAGGGCCCUCACAGACCACCGCAUUCAGUCGCACGUCGGUGGGAGCGGCCAAUCUGCAUUGGUACUGACAGAUCAUAUACACACACAUCUCACAUACCACCAGAAACACACACACAUACGGUGGAUGGUCGGUCCAUGCAGGAACGACAUCGAUUGUCGGCCGUCGUGGAGGUCCAUGCCGUGUUUGAAGGUGCACUUCCAGGACGCCUUGCUCGAGAGACAAUUCACUAAAAAGAGUGCUUCCAAGACAUGAAUCGCUUCCUGUGGAG